UUUGGAAGUUCUCGCGAGAAGAGGGGUGGCAAGAGCUGUUGGGGGCGGAACAGGGUGUCUUGGGAGCACGUGGGCAAGCUCUAUGUUUGUUCGACCGUCUCGCGCCUGUGCGGCCAUGGAAGAAGCGAAGCCGAGUCCUGCUCAGCCGGUCGACGGAGAAGCCGGGUCCGAGUGGAGCAUCCCGCCCAACGCGCCCGCCUGCAUGGAGCGGCACCUGGAUGGGGCCCACUACCGGGCAGAUGGUUCUCUGCUUCUGGGAGCUUCUAGUUUGAGUGGACGUUGCUGGGUGGGUUCGAUUUGGGUAUUCAAGGAUCCAUCAAAAGCUCCCAAUGAAGGCUUUUGCUCUGCAGGAGUUCAAACUGAAGCAGGAAUAGCAGAUCUGAAAUGGGUUGCAGAUAAAGGCAUCUUGGUAGCUUCAGAUUCAGGUGCUCUGGAAUUUUGGGAGCUGGAUGAGAAUGAGACUCUGAUUGUAAACAAAUUCUGUAAGUACGAGCAUGACGACAUUGUGACAACAGUGAGUGUCCUUGCCAACAACACACAGGCCAUCAGUGGCAGCAAAGACUACAGUGUGAAGAUCUGGGACAUCCCUCAACAAACAGUGCUCAACACCCACAGAGCUCAUUCCAGUCAAGUGACGUGUGUGGCCUCCUGCCCUGGAAAAGACACAGUGUUUCUAUCCUGUGCAGAGGACAACAGGAUUUUACUCUGGGAUACCAGAUCCCCAAAACCAGCAACUCGGAUUGUCUGCAGUGCCUUUAGUAACCUUCCUACCUCACUGGUGUGGCAUCCACAUCGAACUGACACUUUUGUAUUGGGUGACGAAAAUGGGACAGUUGUCCUGGUGGACACAAAGAACACAGACUCAGCCCUCAGCUCAUCUGUGCACUCGCGAAGUAUCACAGGGUUUGCUUUCUCUCCACAUAGCUCACCCUUAUUGGCUUCCAUUAGUGAAGACUGUUCAGUAGUUGUUCUGAACUCCAGUUUUGCAGAAGUUUUUAGAAAUCGGUCCCAUCGAGAUUUUGUGAAAGGUAUAUCGUGGUCACCAUUGACCAAAGGCUCACUGACGACUGUUGGAUGGGACCAUCAAGUUCUACAUCACACAGUGCCAACACAGAAUAACCAUCCUUCUGGAAAAAACAACAACAUAACGGCAUAGAUCUGUGUGUUCCUUUUUGGUUCCUUCUCCCUGGAAUAGCAUCUUUUUCUUACUCUUUUUGUUUGAGUCCUGGGGAUGAAUGUGGCUUGUGCAGCCAGGAAAAAAGGUCCUGUAGCAAUUUCAUGCUAUAUGAGCGCAGCUCCUUUCAUCCACUUGUUGCAGCCAAUGAGAUUCUUUGGGCACCAGAAGUUUUAUUGGUGGUUACAGAACAAUACAAAUAAUAGAGAAUUCGGUUCAUUUUGUUUUACUUCUGAUAUACUUUUUAGAACCUCCAAAGUUGUAGAGAAGUGUGUGUGUAGUUUUGUUUUUUAAAUGGGGAAUUAACAAAAUCUUGUGGCAAUUUCUGGGCUUCUUUGGCAGCCUUGAAUUGGGGUUAUAGUUAUGACUUAAGAGACUGGGCCUCUGUGAUUGAUUCAGCUCAAAAGAGUUGUGCUGAACUUGCUAAUGCCAGUCCCUGGCUUGGUCUCAUCUGUGAUCAAGGCACUCCUGAGGUCAAAACUGACCCACCUUAAGGGUGCAAUGCAUUGUGGUUUGGAAUAGCUUAUCAUCUGGGAUGGUGGUUCAUAGGAACAGACAUAAAAGCAUGCUCCAUGCAUACCCAGAGAAUGUGCUUCAGACAAGUUAGGUUUUGUAGUACAUACUAGGCAUCGUGGUGGUGCUGGAGUUUUGAUUUUUUUUUCCUGAUCAGGCAAGCAUCUGCUAUGUUGCAGAAGACACCAUCUUCAUUAGUGCUGCUUUUUAUUCCUUGGAUAUCUCUGUCGUGAAAUACUAAAUGCACCUCUCCAUGUACCGAAGACUUGCUUCUUGAACAGCAAUUCUCUCUCUCUUCUUCCCCCCCCCCGGGCCUGACAUUUUAAUAGACUUUUGCAACUGUAAGAAGUUGCAAAAGCAAUUUGUGAUAUAGCAUGAGUACCUACAGAAGGAAUAAAGACCAAAGGCUUCCUGGAAUCAAGGAAGUCACUCUCUGGAUCCUUGGCCAGCCAUGUAGCGUUGCCUGUCUAAGUCUGCUUCUGUACUUUAGGUGAGGCCAGGUCAGGAAGCUGCAUUCUCAUUUUCAUCGAUUUUAUAACUGAUUGGAAGCUUCUUUUUUCAUUCUGCUUUUUAUUUUCUGGUCUGUGGGCGUGCUAAUAUGAAGGAGAAAAUGAUAUUGGUCAGUUCUAUGAAGGGAAAAAGCUACAGUUUGCUAUUAUAUUGCCUUAUGGUCCUUAUGAGAGUCCCUUGACUCUAUAUAUGACUUGAGUGUUCCCUCUGCACUUCCUCUCCCCAGUCCCUACAUCUGAGAUCAGGAGAGUUUGGACUAGCACAGUUUUUAGGUUGUGUAUUUUGAAACGGGAACAAGAAAGCACUUGUCUAUUGUAAAACAUUGGUUUUGAAUCUGAUUUGAUCCAUUUAGGCUACAGAACACAUCCGGAGAAAUGUGUACAGGAUUGGGAUGGGGUGGAUAUUGCACUGCUGUAUGGUCCUUGGACACUACAGGACUACUUGUACAAGUGAGACAAUGUGAGUUUUGUACUGCUUGCCCUCUCGGGUUGCAUGAGGUAGAGUAAAGCAGAGAGCUGAUAAGAAGCCACUUGUUACUCAGAAAUGGAAACUGACAACUUUGGUGUUUGCAGAUCUCCCCAUUUAGCUGCUAUGUGAUAUCCCAACUGUUGUUGUGUGUCCACUGCCAAUUUCCAGACCAGAAGGCUAAUCUGUUGUAUAUUUUCUUUUGUUCACUGUAUUUACACCCAACUUCCAUUGUGGAAUACAUGAGGUAGAGUGGGCACGUGCAGUUUUGUAAUGGGGUGUUGGUAGAAGAACUGUUGGAGGGGUUCUUUCUUUUGUGAUCUUCUAGAACAAAGGAAGACAAACGUGCUUAUUUGAUAUUGGCAACAAGCACUACUCCAGGACCAUUGUGACAUAUGAAUGAAUGGAGAUGACCGCACACAAAAGAGAAGGCAGUUUUAAAUAAAUCCCUUUUCAUUUUUAAA